GCCAGGGUUGGCACGAUCUGCACAAAUUCCAGCCUCCUCGCUGCUUAACGAGGUUGCAAGCAUUCUGGCUUGGGUUUCGGGCGACACUGAGCAGACACCGCUGUGCCAUCCACAACACGCACGCCCCGUCGAUGCCGCUUGGCUUCACGCUCUCUCCCGCGCAGCCUCGUCUCGGCGCAGAGAUGCCCCGUGCGAGGUUGACUGUCGUGGUUCUGAGCAUUGUUGUGUGGGCUUCGCAUCAGCAGCUCUGCGACGCUCGGUUGCAGUGCACCAAACAAGGGGUGUCGAUCCUGGGGGGAAACACCAGCAUGCCCGACGAGCCGGCGGUGGGCAGCGUGCUCAAGUACAGGUGCCCGUACGCCAUGCGGCCGUUUCCUGUCCACACGCGCGUCUGCCAGAAAAACGGGGACUGGUCGCCGCUCGUCAACGCCUACAACCAGAAAGCGAGGAGAGCAUCGUGCCGCCCGAUGACAUGCGUGGGGCCACUGGAGUUUGAGAACGGGGAGUAUUACCCACGCAAGCACCCCUACAAUGUGGGCGACACCGUCACCUUCUCGUGCUACAGCGGCUUCUUAUUCUACGGGUCUGGUAACCGCACGUGCCAAGCCAAUGGAAAGUGGAGCGGCACUGUUCCCGCCUGCGACGACGAGAGUUCAUUUUGUCGAAACCCCGGCGUUCCGUUCGGAGGUCGCAAGAUGGGAGUGGACUUCGACAUUGAAGGAGUCGUCUCCUUCACCUGCAGCCCGGGGCUGGUGAUGUCCGGGGACACCCGGCGCACCUGCCUGUCGACCGGGGAAUGGACGGGGAAGGAAUCGGAUUGUGAAGAUAUUUACAGCUAUGACAAUCCAGAAGAUGUGUCCUUUGCACUCAGCAAAGUCACUUUGUCAAUGGGUGUUGAGCAAUCAGAAUCAAUGGCACGAUCCAUCAAUUUGACGAGCUUGUACGACACGCACAUCUACCUGGUCAUUGAUGCCUCCUACAGCGUUGGCAAGGAAGACUUUGACACGGGCUUGAAUUUUGUCAAAGAUCUCAUCAACAGGAUCGGAAUGUACGUCAGGAAUAUAAGGUACAGCAUCGUGAUGUAUGCCACGAAUCCAUCCUUAAAGCUUUCGGUGCGUGACAGUUGGUCCAAUGACCCCAACGCUGUGAUCAAGAUUUUGGAUGAUCUGGAUUAUUACGAAUUCGACGAUACUCCGGGUACAAAUACAGCCAUGGCUUUGAAGAUGGUGCUGGAUACAAUGGCUUUAUAUAAAGUGGCUAAUCAGAAUACGUUUAAGGAUAUCAGACAAGCCAUUAUACUUCUCACAGAUGGAAGAUCCAAUGUUGGACCUCCACCGGGCAAAUUCCUGAUGGACAACAUUGACCUGGACAUCCCUAAAGAACACAUGGACGUUUAUGUCUUUGGCAUGGGAGACGUCUACAAGGACGAGAUCGAAACAAUUGCGUCGCAGAAACCCAACGAGCAACAUUCCUUCAUUCUCAGGGAUUACGAUGAUCUGAACGAAGUUUUUGAAAAAAUGCUGCACGCAGAUGAGAAGCUGUUUACGCAGUGCGGUACAUCAGGCACCUUCAGGAUACCGCGUGCUCGGAUCGCAGGAGGCGAUCCCACUAAAAUCGAGCUGUGGCCAUGGCAAGCGCAGAUUAGUAUGAGGGUGCACAUCUCAAAUGAUCACGUAAAACCAGCAUUUUGCGGUGGCUCCAUCAUUGCCGAGCAGUGGAUCCUCACCGCUGCCCAUUGCUUCGACGAAUUCGCCAUCACUGACGACGAAUGGUGGAGGGGAUCGAUUGACGUUGUGAUAGGAUCAAGUAACAAACUGGGAGGAGAUAAAAUUUCUCCAAAACAAAUUAUCAUCCACGAAGGCUACAACAGGAACCCAGACGCUCAUGUACAAAUCGAAAAUUUGGAUAACGACAUCGCCCUUAUUAAACUUAGCAAGCGUCUAACAUUUGGAUAUACAUAUCGGCCAAUUUGCUUGCCAUGUACAAAGGAAACGAAUGCGAUCCUGGAUCUCAAUUCGGCAAACAAGGAUUGGACAACGCUCUGCAACAUACAUGGAAAAAACCUCAUCGAUGUCAAAAAAAAUACAUCACUUACAGUCACAGGAUUUGGCCUUCUGGAGGGUGAUAAAAAACACGCCCAGCAGCUUCAGCAAGCUACCGUGCAAUAUGCGAAAAAGGAAGUUUGCCUGAAAGACAUAAUGGCCAGAUUUAACGUCACCGAAGAGAAAGCAGAGAAACAUAUCACAGAGAACAUGCUGUGUGCAUGGAACGCAACAGCAGACACAUGCCGAGGUGAUUCCGGAGGACCUCUUGUUUUGCAAAAAAACAGAAGAUGGAUUCAGGUUGGCAUCGUGGCUGGGGGAGUGGCACAGCAUUGUGGGAAGAACAUCAAGAGCAGCUUUUACACGAACGUGGCAAAGAUGAUGCCGUGGGUGAAGAGACAGAUUCCCGAUCUAAAUUUUGGUGACGUUUGAGAUUUGCUUCAAUGUUAAUUGUUCGCGUUGAGAUGUCCCGCGCAUUACUCUGCUUCUAAAACUUUAAUAUACAACCGUGCAUUUGUAGGACAUCAGAUGUCUGGGGUUGGUUAGAGUUCGUAAGAUUAGAAGAGUCAGGCCCAGUCAAUAACGCCACUGAAAUGCACCAUUCCCUCGUUAUUCGCGAGGGAUAUAUCUUGCAGAUGACGACAAUGGCUUACGAAAGCCUAACUUUUUAAUGCGUUACCUUAAAUAAAUACGUAAAUAGGCUCUCUCA